GAACUUUAUACUGUGGGUGUUUAAUGAAUGCGCCGAGUUUGAUAUUCAAUUUCUGAUUCUUGAAUUGUUUGGGCAAAAUAAAAGCAACAUUGCGAAUGCGAAGUCUUCAUUGAAUAAUUGAUCUCUACUACGAAUAACUCCCAACUUCCUCCCUGUCGAUUGCUCCUAAGAGUGUGUCAAAUAUCAAAAUGGUCGUCUUUGCCCUCACAAUAAUAAACAAAGCUGGUGGUCUUAUCUACCAAAAAGAUUUCGCAGAUGGGUUGAACAAAUUAUCUAUAAAUGACUAUCUGGUGCUUGCUGGAACAUUUCACGGUGUCCACGCUAUUUCCACUCGACUAAACCCCAUCCCAUCCUCUCACCUGGCGUCAACAGGUACCUCCUCUCUUCCUUCAACCUCCCACUCCAAAACACUCUCUACCCUCUCCUCGCUCUCCUCCACUCCCACAUCCGACGAUCGACCAGACCCACCCUCCGGCAUCGAAGUGCUCGAAACAACUUUGUUCCGACUCCAAUGUUUCCAGACUCUCACUGGUACAAAAUUUCUCCUAUUCACUGAACCUGGCAUGCCAAAUGUUGAUAGUAUAUUGAGGAAGAUAUAUGAACUAUAUGCGGAUUAUGUGAUGAAGAACCCAUUUUAUCAGUUAGAGAUGCCGGUUAGGUGUGAGAGGUUUGAGAGGGGCGUGGAGAGGUGGGUAAGGGGGGUCAACAUGAGGUAAUCUGGAAGGUGGUUCUGGACAGAUGGAUCCAUGGAUUGACGUGGAGGGACUAACGGACCUGGGGAAAACCGAAGUGGGAUCGUGGGCUCAGAGGUUGUAUUUUCACUGAUUAAAGAAGAAGGGAACAUCACUGGGUAUGGUACUGGAUACAGGAGUACCUGGUCGGAUCUCUCACAUUAGAAUCAAGACGAAGGGAAAUGUGGACAUAAUUUCGGGCAUAGAAGGAGCAUAUUGGGACUUGAGCAUUAUAAUGAGGAUAAAUGCCAUUGUUUCACAGGUCAAAUGUCAAAGGAGUCAAGGAGUACACA